AUGGUUGCUACAUAUGAUGAAAUUGAAAUUGAAGAUAUGACUUUUCUUCCAGAGGAUCAAAUGUUUACAUAUCCAUGUCCUUGUGGGGAUAGAUUUGAAAUCUUACUUGAGGACAUGCUAGAAGGUGAGAAUAUUGCAGUUUGUCCAAGUUGUUCAUUGAUGAUCGAUGUGAUCUUCGAACCAGAAGAUUUGGGCGAAUUCUUCCAACAGGCUGGUUUGUCAGUCCCAAGUUCUAUUGGUAUCACUGCUUAA